UGCACGCUCUGUGUGCGCACGUGUGUACAUGCAUGCAGGCGUGCGCGUGCCCGCGGACGAGCGGCCGCACGUGCGGAUGCGCGCCCGCCCGCCUGCACCCGCCGCAGGCUUGCGCACGCCCCGCCCUCCUCCCUCGUCUCCCAGGCGGGGGGAUGUGGCGGCUGGUGUCCUUGUGUGUCGGCUGAGCAGACACUCAUCACUCGCCGCCGCAUCAAAGAGGCCGGCGGGACAGCGGCGUGGUACGCCGCUCCGCGUCGCAAAGGCUGCAGCAUGGUCCUAGUGCACGUCGGCUACCUGGUGCUGCCCGUCUUCGGCUCCGUGCGCAACAGAGGUGCUCCUUUUCAAAGGUCUCAGCAUCCCCAUGCUACCUCCUGCUGGCACUUCCACCUGGGUCCCCAGCCUCAGCUCUCCACUGACUUCACCCUGCCUCAUGCAGUGCAGCCCCAGCCAGGGCUGUCCACCCACAUGGCCCGUGCACACCAGCACAGUGGCCCCCUGCACCAGCCCCUGGCACAGGUGCCAGCCCUGCCCUUCCAGGAUGUGGCCGGACCCUCCUUCCUACCUCAGGCGCUUCACCAGCGAUAUCUCCUCCAGCAGCAGCUCCUCAAGGCACAGCACUGCCGGCUCAUGUCCCAUCCCAGGUGGGAUCAAGAACGCAUGUCUGUUCAGCCUCACUAUCUACAUCCCAGCUUUGACUUCAGCCACCAACUGCAAACUCUGCAACCCAUGGGGCCCCAGCCCAGGUAUUUAGCCGAAGGCAUGGACUGGGACCUCAGUGUCGCUACGGGACUGACUCACGCCCAGUUCCAGGUCUGGCCAGUCCCUCGGCCCUAUCAGCAUUACUUAGCUACACCUUGGAUGCAUCAUUUCCCCAGAAGCACAUCCUCAACACAGAUGGUUGUUCACGAAAUCAAAAAUUACCCUUAUCCUCAGCAUCAGUUACUUGCUCUUCAGGGACUGAACCCAAAUAGGCACACGUCCGCUGUGCGGGAGAGCUAUGAAGAGCUGCUGCAGCUGGAGGACAGGCUGGGAAGCAUGAGCCAGGGCGCUGUCCAGAACACCAUCGAGAGGUUCACCUUCCCCCACAAGUACAAGAAGAGAAGGCCACAGGAGGGCAAAGCUGAGCAAGAGGAUGGAGAGGAGUCAGACACUGAUGAGGAAUGCACAAUCUGUCUGUCCAUGCUUGAAGGUGGAGAAGACGUCAGGCAUUUGCCCUGUAUGCAUCUCUUCCACCAAGUGUGCGUGGACCAGUGGCUGGCCACCAGCAAGAAGUGCCCAAUCUGCAGGGUGGACAUUGAAACACAGCUCGGCUUGGACAGCUGAAAGGACUGGCUGGACACACCAUUUUCCUUACCAGGUCAUAUGGCCAUAAACCCUUGCAGCAAAAUUUUGCCUUCUGAGCCAUUUGAUUGAGAGGAAAAGUCUGCAGGCAUGUUAGUGAGGAGGAGGAGGUGGCGGUACAAUAUCUAGUGGUAGGAGAUAUUGCACAUACACAGGGUACAGGCCCAGUGAAAGGGAGCUGGCAUUCCCAGAGCUCAGAGACAUCAUG